GGAGCACAAUGGAUCCGGUUAGCAAUCCGGAUUUUUGACAACUAUUUUAAAUGGCCGUGAUCAUAUGGAUCAACGCACAAUGCAUCCGGAUUGAGUUUGCGGUUUGGUACUAAAUUGUACUAAACGCAACAUCGACCGCAAAGUCAACCGGAAGAUUUGACUCGUUUCAAAUCUUGCGCUUGACUUUGCGGUAGACGAUUUGUUUUGUUUAUCUUUUUGCAGUGCGAGAAGCAGCUCGGUGUGCAGGAGAACUUCAGCUUUACGGUAAUUUUCAGCUGUUUUGUAAAGGUUCAGUGUCCUGGUUGAUUCAGUAACCGUACCUCCGCCCAAAUGGAUGAGAGUGAAACCCAAAAUACUGAGGAAGAAACCAGCAAUGUCAACGAACGAAUCAUUGCAUUCGUGAAGGAACAUAAGGUUCUCUACGAUAAAACGUUGCGAGCAUACAAAAAUAAUAACAACAGAAACAAGCUUUGGGUGCAGCUUGCAUCAGAACUCGGAAUGGAUGCAAAAUCGUUAACAACGCGCUGGAGAUCUUUAAGGGAUCGGUACGUGAAAGAGUUGAAAAUAGCAGAUCUCAAUCAUCGAUCAGGAGCAGAGGCGAAUGACGCAGACGAUUCAUGGGAAUUUAUGGAGCACAUGGCAUUCUUGAAGGAACACGUCGCCAAGAGAAAGACUACGAGUAACUAUGAUGGGCCAAGCUCAAGUCAGCAAACUGAUUUCCACAACUUGGUCGAAGAACACCUUGAUGAAGAAUCAGAAGGCACACCUUCGCGAACUCCAACAUCAUCGAGAAAAAGAAAAGCCGAUGACGUCGAUGAUAAAAUGUCGGCGCUGUUGGAAAAGUAUAUUGAAAAUGCUUCAAAAGAGAAGCACUCGUACAAACCGGAUCAAACGGAUUACCAGACGCAAUUUCAAACGCAAAACGCAACGUAUCCAUUGUGCUCCGGCCUUUAUCCACUGGUGUACUAA